GGGUCUUCUAGUACCUCGAGUCACGCCUCCUUGGCAAGAAGGCGCCUCGCCUUUGAUUGCUUCCAGUUACUACAGAACUUCCUGCCCUGGUGGAGAAGUGGUCUUUCUUGGGUCGUAGUCGCUCCUGGUUUGAGUCGUGAGACUGAGUUCACAAGGUGCUGGUUCCCCGAAGACAAGUGGGGUUGGGGGAACACAGUCUGCGAGCCUCCGCGCCUCGAGUGAGGGGCCCAGUGUUGGGGUCUUCCCUCCCCUUGCGCCAGUAUCCCUCCGGUUUUUGCGCCUCCCCGGGUACCCCUCGCCGGGAGAUGGCUGCGUUGAUGCGGGGCAAGGACUCGUCCCGCUGCCUGCUACUACUGGCCGCGGUGCUGAUGGUGGAGAGCUCACAGCUCGGCAGCUCACGGGCCAAACUCAACUCCAUCAAGUCCUCUCUGGGCGGGGAGACGCCUGCACAGGCCGCCAAUCGAUCUGCGGGCACAUACCAAGGACUGGCUUUCGGCGGCAGUAAGAAGGGCAAAAACCUGGGGCAGGCCUACCCUUGUAGCAGUGAUAAGGAAUGUGAAGUUGGGAGAUAUUGCCACAGUCCCCACCAAGGAUCGUCGGCCUGCAUGGUGUGUCGAAGGAAAAAGAAACGCUGCCAUAGAGACGGCAUGUGUUGUCCUGGUACCCGCUGCAAUAAUGGCAUCUGCAUCCCAGUCACUGAGAGCAUCUUAACCCCUCACAUCCCAGCUCUGGAUGGCACUCGGCACAGAGAUCGAAACCAUGGUCAUUACUCAAACCACGACCUGGGAUGGCAGAAUCUAGGAAGACCACACACUAAGAUGUCACAUAUAAAAGGGCAUGAAGGAGACCCCUGCCUAAGAUCAUCAGACUGUGUUGAAGGGUUUUGCUGUGCUCGUCACUUCUGGACCAAAAUCUGCAAACCGGUGCUCCAUCAGGGCGAAGUCUGUACCAAGCAGCGCAAGAAGGGCUCUCAUGGGCUGGAAAUUUUCCAGCGGUGUGACUGUGCCAAGGGUCUGUCUUGUAAAGUGUGGAAAGAUGCUACCUACUCUUCCAAAGCCAGACUCCAUGUGUGUCAGAAAAUAUAAUCACCUUAGAAGAAAAGCAUCACGAACAGACUGUGAAUCUGUGCAUUUAAUGCAUCACAGCAUGGUGGAAAAUAGAAUUUGAAUCUCAGAAGAAUGGUUAAAAUAAGGAACAUGAUAAGUAUAUAGAUCACAGAGUGAGCAAGAGAAAGAAAAAGAGAACUGAGCUGAUUGGAAAGGGUGACAAAUGUAGUACAACCAGUG